AUGAGGAACGAAUUAAUGUUUUGGGUGACCCUAGCAGGGUCUGUCGGUUCUACUGCUGCCCGUGCCAAUUCCUCCUCUACCCUCGUCUCACUCGAGCCAUGCUUCAACAACAAGGCGUUCGGUCAAUCGCCUGGCGAGGCCAUCUUCAAUGCAGCUAACGAGUCCUAUCCCGAUCCCAGCGUGCUGGGGAUCAACGGGAGCUACACCUCAUCGCAGACAGGCAUCACCUACUCUUUCCCCGGAUACCGCCAGGGUGGUCUGCCCGACAAUGUUAUCUGCGCUGGCCAGUCCAUCGCAGUCCCCUCGGGUAGGUAUCUAUCUGCCUCGAUGCUCGUCUCAGAGGAUGUGGAGCUCGAAACUGUCUCCGGGGACGUGAUCUACACCUACAGCGACAACACCACUACGGUGUCUGAGCUGCGGAGUCUCCCCUGGUGGGCCUUCCUGACGAUCAAUCGCGGCGAGAUCAUCUUUCCCUAUCGAUACACCCCCAACGACACGAAUUUCAACACCUCGCACAUCUUCGAGUAUACCGCUGCGCUGGACCCGCUCAAGAGUCUACAGUCUGUCACCCUCCCCGUGACGACCAAUGCCACCACAGGGCGACUGCACGUCUUUGCGCUAUCCUUGUGGCCGGUUACCUCAACGGUGUCAGCGCAGGUGCAAUUCGUGCGGCCCACCCAGAAAUGGACGGAGCAGGGCAACCAGAUCGUCGAGCUGACGGUCAACAAUCCGGGCAAUGAAUGUAUCUCGGGCGCAGGACUGACAGCCACGCUUGAGAUGCCGGGCAUUACCAUGACUGAGCCCGGGCGUAUCAAGCGACUCUGCCCCGGGGACCAGAAACGAGUCGACUUGGGAGUCAACGGCACCGCCAACGGCACGGCCACGAUCCAGAUCACUUACCAGGGUGAGAUGCUGACCACCCGGACCGUCGAUCUCUCCCUCGGAUUAACCAACUACACCUCCGACCUGUCCAGCCUGGCUCGCCAUGAGAGUCCCGAGUGGUUUGACGACGCCAAAUUCGGGAUCUUCAUCCAUUGGGGCCCGUACGCUGUGCCGGGUUGGGGCAACUCGACUCCGUGGGAGAGUUACGCCGAAUGGUUCUGGUGGUACACCACCCACGAGGCAGCCGACAAAUCCUCCACGCAAGCCUACCGCCUCCGCACCUUCGGCCCCUCCUGGAACUACGACGACUCCUUCGCCAACUUCACCGCCACCAACUUUUCAGCCAAAAGCUGGGUCGACCUCAUCGCGGCCUCCGGGGCGAAAUACUUCGUCCUGACGACCAAACACCACGACGGCUUCGCCCUGUUCGACACGGGGGACACCACCCACCGCAACAGCCUGCACUACGGCCCGCACCGCGAUCUACUGGGGGAGCUGUUCGAGGCCGCCGAAACCCACCACCCGCACCUCAAACGCGGCACAUAUUUCUCGCUGCCCGAAUGGUUCAACCCGGACUUUGCCCCCUACGGCUUCGCCCAGCUGCCCGGGAACACCUCGACGAGUUGGCCCGGUCUGCCGGCUGUGAACCCCUUCACGGGGAAGGAGGAGCCCUACACGGGGCGGAUUCCGUUGCCGAACGUGACUGUACCCACCACUGUCACCAGCAGCACCAGCAGAAACCCCAACAACAGCACCAACACCACAUCACCGACCACCCAGCCAGGCAACUUCAUCGACUCACUCCUCCUCCCGCAAAUGCAGAUCCUGGCCCACGACUACGGCACGGACAUCAUGUGGUGCGACUGCGGCGCGGCCAACGCGACGGCCGCCUUUGCGGCCGACUUCUUCAACCAGGGCAAGCCGGUGGCCAUCAACUCGCGGUGCGGCAUCCCGCAGGCCGCCGACUUCGACACCCCGGAGUACGCGACCUUCAGCUCCGCGCAGCGCCGUAAGUGGGAGUCCAACAUGGGGAUGGACCCCUACAGCUACGGGUAUAACCGGGCCACCCCGGCGGACGGAUACAUGAAUGCGUCGACCAUUGUGCGCGACCUGGUGGAUAUCGUGAGUAAGAAUGGGAAUUUCUUGUUGGAUGUCGGGCCCCGGGCGGAUGGGACGAUUGUUGAGGCAGAGGAAAAGGGGUUGAGGGAGGCGGGGCGGUGGAUUGGGGACCAUGGGGAGGCGGUGUUUGGGACGCGGUAUUGGUUUGUGAUGGCUGAGGGGAAUGCCGGGGCAGUCCGGUUCACCCAGGCCGAGGAGGCAUUUUAUGUGCUGUGGGUGGAGGAGCCGGUUCUCACAGACAGUAAGGUGGUGGUCGAGGCGCCGUUGCCGUUGUUGGUCGGGGAUCGCGUGGUAGUUUUACGGGGGAAUGACACGGCGGGGGUUUGGGAAAUCGAGUGGGAGAAGGUCGAAGGGGGGUUCAGGUUUGAUGUGCCAGAGGAGGCGUGGGAAGGCGAGAAAUACUGCUGGGUGUUGAAGAUUGAGUAUCGGGCGUGA